GGUUUCCCUCAGAACUGCAAGACGCCGAUAUUGCGUUACAUUGUAGCAAAAUGGCGGCUGUCAUUCAGAAUCCACUAAAAGCGUUGGGCGACCAGUUCUAUAAGGAGGCCAUUGAGCAGUGCCGCAGCUACAAUGCCCGCUUGUGUGCUGAACGCAGCGUCCGCCUGCCAUUCCUGGACUCACAAACCGGUGUGGCCCAGAACAACUGCUACAUCUGGAUGGAACGACACCACCGCAGCCCCGGGGUCGCAGCCGGGCAGAUGUACACAUACCCCGCCCGCUGCUGGAGAAAGAAGAGACGGCUGCACAACACCACAGAUCCACGCCUGGGCAUCUACGGCCUCCAGCUCGAUGGCGGACUCAUGUCCAAGGACCCCUUGCCCACCCAGAGCACCACGCUGGAGGCUCUGCUACGAGGAGAGGGUCUAGACAAGAGGAACAACUCUAAGAAUGAUGAGGAGAGCCUGCUGGAGAUCCAGAGGGUUCUGGAGGCAGACGCAGCAGAAGAUGCUUUCAAUGAUGAUGACGACUACGAGGUGGACACUCCCAAGAGGAGACACCGGGGCAAAGGAAGGGGUCGGGGUUCAGGACGAAGGAAGGCAGAUGUGGAUGACGACAAGCCAUACGUCUGUGACAACAGAUAUAAACAAAAGCAGAACUCAAAGUCUUCGACCUCAGUCUGUGCGAAGCGCUACAGGAACCGUACAGGACUAAGCUACCACUACACCCAUUCCCACCUGGCAGAGGAGGGGAGAGCCGGAGAGAGGAGCUCAGUGGCAUCCAGAUCCCCCUCUGCACAACAGACUGACAGACAUAAACGUCCAAAGGGUCCAGGUGGGACCAGCAUUCCCAACAACUACUGUAAUAAAUGCCAGGGCACGAACAAGAAAACGGGUAAAUCGGGGACUCCCUACUCAGCCUGCCGAUGCACAACUGACUGCGGAGAAGAAAAGGAAGACGGGACUUUUACUGGAGCAGAGGAGCUGUUCGGCACCACCUCGGAGAGCGACACUUCCACCUUUCACGGCUUUGAGGACGACGAGCUGGAGGAGCCCGCCACAAACAGCAACGGAAUAUCCAACCGACACAGAUAGAGAGAAGCUUUUAGAUUUAAAGAGACAACAUUUUUUUACAUGGAUUAACCUCUGGCAAAAUCUGCUGCUUCUUUUUCAAUGUUUUUUCGUUUGCAGAAAGCACAAAGUGAUAAUUUCAGGACACAAAUGCAAGUGGUAUUUUAUCUACUGAACAUUGUUGAAUAAUUUAUGAACACCUUUUUUAUAUAUAAAUAUAUAUAUUAACUUUUAAGGCAAUGAACAACUGUCAGUGUUUCUUGACAAGUGACUUGGUCUCCAUGCAAAACAGAUGUUUUUGGAGGUUUUUUCCCCCCCUCACUGGAGCAGAAGGAGCAUAAACGUUAUGAACAAAAAACACUGGAGAAAUUUGAACAAUUGAAAAAUUUAAAGGCAUAAAUGACGCAGUACAUUUGGGAGAAGAUUGAAUGUCAUUGCAGACCCAUACUUGAGCUACUGGAUGUUUUUGAUCAGUAGUUGCUGUGACUAUGAAGGUCUCUUCUUCUGCUCUCUCUCUGGAUUAAACUUGUAUGAAAAUGAAGGAACCAAUGAAAGGACUGCUACGGGCCACUGGAAAUGUUUGGAGAUGAAGAAACCUAUAAAUAUAGUUUUUACAGAUAUAGGGGACUAAAUCAAUGAAAGGAGCACUCAGCACAUUGGCAUGUGGCCCAGAAGUGGGGGUGACCAGUGAAGAAGAGGAUUUAAUUCUCAAAAACUAAUGAGCCUUCAUGUCCCGCCUGAUUUGGGCCUAAAAUAACGGACUGAAAAUGGAUGGACAGACAUCCACCACUUCUACAGGCCAUGUGGCUUAAUUGAAACAACUGCUCCCUUGACGAUAUGUAUCGAUCCCUUCUGAACAUUUGAAAUGUGAGUAGAUCCAGCUUCAUUUCAUCCUUUCUGCACUGUGCUGGAGCUCCACUGAACUAUGGGAACACUAAAGACCAGGCCUUUUGGACUGUUUGUGUCCCCCGACGGGUGCAUUUGGGGCCCCUGCAGCCCAGCCUGCCGGCCCCUGCUCUGUGACUGUGUGUCUGCUGUGUGAUCCGAUGUGACACUAAGACGUCAUUAUCCUCAUCACUGUGCCAGCCUGCCGCUCUGCACUGGAAACCAGCUCUGACAGCCAUGACCCUCCAACCUGAUUGGACCAGUGACCCCCUGACCCCCAGCCAUAGACAUGGUGCUCAAAUCCACCACUAUUACAUGCAGACCUCUGGACUCCUGUAUUAAUACUCUGACAUGGACGCAAAAGGUUUUAUCUUUCUGCUUCUGUCCCUCUGUCUGUUUUUGCUCUCUUUUUCCUGGGCCUCUGACUCGAAUGCGUCGCAGUAAUUUAGUAAUUUUUUUGCAUCUUUUUCUCUGUUGUAUAAUAUUUCUAUGUUUUGAACUCUUUAAAGUUGAAUUAGUAUGACUUCUUGGGUUUGUUCAGACUGUAUUGAUACCUCUGUCCUGAUCAGGUGCACCAUAGCCACAACUACUCAGGCAUCUUUCAUUUCCUCUGCUGUUGAUUGUUCAGCCACACAGCCCUGAUUCAUGUGAUUGUAUUCAGUUGGCACGGAGGGACAAUAACGCCACACAAGGAUCCCAUUAUAAUCAACUCCCAGGGGGGUGCUUUUGGGAUGCUGCAGUCUCAUGCUAUAGGAAAAAAAACAUCGCAAUAACAAGCUUCGAAUUUUGUCUGGCCUCUGCUGAUUUUUGCCUGGCGUCACACAAGCCAUGCAAAACCUCUCCACUUUCUGUUUCAAUAUCUACAGUCCGAGUAGGUUGUUAUAACCGUGAGAAUAAUCAGAGAUGCAUUGGAAAACAAUGUUGUUGUUAGACAGCCACAACUCUGCCCAGAUCCACAUACUUGGCGAGAAGUGAGAACUGUAAAUCCACGUUAUCUGUGACAUUUCCGCUGAGUGCUUUUGAGGGGCCUAAUUGCUUUAUGACAUUUAGAAGGUGCUUGAAGUCCUGUAUCAAAAAGCCUUUUAGGUCCAUAGGCUGCACAUACUGUGUAAGAUUUCUGUGUCCUUCCAUGUGAUUAUUCAGUAUCGAUGCAAUGUAAUAAUAGCCGCUCCGUUUUUGAAGCUAACCAUUAAUCCUAUGUGUCCGGUAUGACCUGCGUAAGUGCUUGUGAAUUCAAACCAUAUUUCUUCACUUCCCUCAGGGACCCUCCACAAAGCAGUUUAUCUCGUCUGGACAAAGAAUGGAUCUGAGACCUCUCAAUUAUCUGUGUCUUCUUCUCUUGUAUCAGUUAUGUGGCGUUUUCCACAGUAAAAUGGGUCGUCGUGUCUUUUAUCUUCCAAAGUCAUGCCAGUAAGUGAAAGCAUGUGUCAUUAAUCAUAAACCUGCUCAAUGUUAACCUACCGUAUACAAACAAGCCUAGUGUGGUGCAGUUCUGAACAAAAGGAGAAGCUCCUAAAUGCAAAAGUCAGUGAUGUCUGCUUCGAAGUAUGUGUCACCAAUCAUUGAAUAGCCUGUAUACCUCGUCAAAGACACAGCAAUAGGCCCUGGUACUCUCUUGUCAAGCCUGCCGGGAGUGGAGAGGGAGGAUCAGGGUGGGAACGGAGCCAAGAGGAGAUGAAAUGGACAUGACUGGGCGUUUGUUUCAUCUUCAGCUGUAAAUACAAGUUGAAAUGGAGAGAAUGAAGAAGUCUUUGUUUGUUAAACUAUUUUUAUUGUUCUGAAAAAAAUAAAGAAUGAACGAUAAUGCUC